AUGGCCAAGUUGGCUGAUCCGUCCCUUUGGAAGCAUUUGGAUGCUGUUAUAUUGCAAUGUAUUUACACUACCGUUACUCCUGAUCUUCUUCUAGUUAUCCUCAAACGCAAUGACAUGGCAGAGGACGUGUGGAAUCGUCUUGAAUCUCAUUUUCAAGACAAUAAAAUACUCCUAAUCCACCCAUCUCGAGGAGGACUUUACGAAUACAGGUUGGGUGAUAUUGAUACUCCGGUGACUAAUAGUCGUUUGGUUUUACGUCUUACCGGCUCUUUACCGGAGGCAUAUAGUUGUACAGUGGAUUUUAUACAAAAUCAAGAGCCAUUGACCCCCUUUGAAAGUUGUUGUUCCAGGUUGAAAAUGGCUGAGCAUACCAUAAAGGCUCGCCAAGCUCGUGAAAAUGGUGUGUCCGGAAGUCGGGCCGAUAGCGCUGCCAUAGUUGUCACACCUUCUUCCUCUUGGAAUGACUCCUUUGCUAGAAACAAAAGAAACAACAAUAAUAAAAACAUGAAUAAUUCGAAAUUAAAUGACAAGAAAAAGGCGACUCAACAAAGCCCAAGUGGACCCAGUCUAAAUCAGCCACCACAUUAG